AUGAGGGCGGAGAUUCCGUCUGAUGGUACAUGUUUAUCAGAAAUAGAAAGAAAAAAUAGCAAUAUCGAAUUCCCUUCUUUGUUGUCUUUGGGUAGACUUGCUGCUCGUAUUAUGUGGCGUCUUGAUAAGGAUGGAGAUGUGAUCUCAGAGCUUCAGCUCACUAAACUGAAUGACCUGGAAGACCAUAUCUCAGACCUCCCUGAGAUGGACAUGAAGGAGCUCAAAGUAGAUAUUCACAACUUCUUGGAUUACUGGCCCAGAACAAACAAGCAACACACCGUUGACAGCAUCUCACACAUCUUUGGAUUGAUCAACUGCAAUGGCUUCAUGGUAAGUGAUCAUAAAGGUCUGCAGGCGGUGGGUGUUGGUCUCUUCCCCAACCUCUGUCUGGUCAACCAUGACUGCUGGCCAAAUUGCACAGUCAUCCUCAACAACGGCAAUCACUCUGCCACCAAUACUAUGUAUCAUACUCAGAAGAGGUGGGUCUGCUUGGCCACAAUUAAUCGGCCAAGUUCUUCGUUUCUUGUUAUCUUCUGUUGGUUCAAUCAAUACCUCACUUCAUCAAAGGUACCAGACGAGAAGGUGAAGGAAAUAACAGAAUAUAGUCAGGAGAUGCUGAAGAAGAUGGAGAAGGCCCGUAUAGAUGCAACUACUGCAGCUACUUAUGCGCGCAAGAUGGUGGACGGAUACACGAAACUAUACAAUCCAAACAAUGCCCAGCUAGGCAUGGCUAUAAUGAGAGCAGGAGUGACCCACUGGCAGGCUGGACAUAUAGAGGUGGCACAUGGCAUGAUCUGCAAAGCAUAUGCCAUUCUCCUGGUGACUCAUGGGCCCACACAUCCCAUUACUAAGGACUUAGAGGCUAUGCGCACGCAGACAGAGAUGGAGCUGCGCAUGUUUAAGCAGAAUGAGUACAUUUACCACACCAUGCGUGAGGCAGCGCUUAAAAACCAGCCCAUGCAGAUGAUGCCAGAACCAGUUGAGGAGGGAAUCAAGAGUCUUUUCCGCAAGAAGUGACCUCACACAGCUCACACAUUACCAUCCUCACUAUUACUCAGUAUGGAUUUCAUCACUGUGACUUAAGAUACUCAGACCAGUUAUCAGUAUAACUGACAGCUAUUUAAAACCACAUGCAGUACUUUUCUGGAUUUUAUUAGUUAAUAUAAUCAAAAGCAUAGGUUUUAGGCUGUAUUUUAUAGGUCAUAUAAUUCUUUUUGAUUUAAUAGCCUACACAUUUUGAAUUGUGUAUUUUGUAAAUAAAGAGUCAUCACCAGUUGAAA